UUCCACUCAGGCUUUAAAGCGUAUUUCUUUAGGCGAGACAAGCGUGAACUGCGCUGAGAUUUGGGAAGGAAUCUUUAUUGUUCUGAUCCCUCCUCCUUCUUGGGAAGUGGGAGGACCCGAAAAGUUCGUCGCAAAAGGGAGAAUUGUUCCAGGACUCAGUCAUCCAAAAACGUCCUUUCAAUGCAAGAAGUUGGGGAGCCGAAGAAAAUGUCGGUGCUGCUGCAGUAGUAAAUUACUAAAGCAGUAGCCGUUUGCGGAGAAAAGGAGGAGAGGAAUUGUAGUUUUCUUGGAUUAAACAGCGAGAAACGCUGGGAAAAGUCGACCAACGAAAAACUAGUGGAUUCAACUGCAAACUACUGCACGUUUUUGGGGUAGUGCAUGGAAAAUGUCUGGGAUAUUGGACUGGAUACCAUGGGAAAGAAAGCGGAAGUUUCGAGCGCUGUGUGCCUUGGGUGCUCUGCUGUGCUGCCUGCAGGAUAGUGCUGCUGUUAGAGAUGAUGUCCCAGUCUUUACAGAGGAGCCUUUUUCUGUGGUACAGAAACUGGGGGGCAGCGUGACCCUGCGAUGCAGCGCUCUGCCUAACCAUGCCAACAUCAGCUGGCGUCUAAACGGUCGAGAGCUGCCAGCUGGGGGCAACGAGGAGCUGGGAGUGCUGGUGUGGCCCGGUUCUCUCUACAUCCCCUCCCUUACAAACCUCACCAUAGGCAGAUACCAGUGUGUGGCCACCACCAGCGUCGGGUCCUGCGCUAGUGUGCCAGCCAACGUUACUGCAGCUAAACUGCGAGAUUUUGAGCCAGAUGACCAGCAGGAAUUUGAGGUGGAUGAAGGGAACACAGCUGUGAUCGAGUGUCAUCUGCCUGAGAGUCAACCUAAAGCUCAGGUCCGCUACAGUGUCAAACAGGAGUGGCUGGAGACAUCUAAAGGGAAUUACCUGAUCAUGCCAUCAGGAAACCUUCAAAUAGCUAAUGCUACACAGGACGAUGAGGGUCCCUAUAUAUGUGCUGCUUACAACCCUGUCACCCAGGAAGUUAAAACCUCCACCUCUACAGAUCGUCUCCGAAUACGACGUUCAACAUCUGAGGCCGCACGUAUCAUCUAUCCACCUGCAUCUCGGUCCAUUAUGGUGAACAAAGGCCAGCGACUUGUGCUUGAGUGUGUGGCCAGCGGUAUUCCCACUCCACAGGUCACAUGGGCUAAGGACGGUCUGGACUUGCGAAAUCUCAACAACACCCGCUUCUUACUGAGCAACUUGUUGAUUGAUGCAGCAAGCGAGAGCGACUCGGGCACUUACGUGUGUAACGCUGAUAACGGCAUUGACUCUGCGAGUUCUGCUAGGGUGCUGUACGACGUGCAGGUGUUUGAACCUCCUCAGGUGCGUGUCGAGCUGCAGCAGCAAGACAUUGCAUGGGGCGGCACGGUGCGUUUCAGCUGUCAGGUGAGUGGCAAGCCCACUCCCACUGUGGUGUGGCUCCACAACGCUCAGCCCCUGAGCCCAUCACCACGCCAUCGGAUGUCCUCACAGGUGCUGCGCGUGCUCCACGUCGGGCCGCAGGACGAUGGCAUGUACCAGUGCAUGGCGGAGAAUGGUGUGGGCAGCUCACAGGCAGCCACAAGACUUCUCACUGUCCCAACAGUGCCCUCACGGUCAGGUAAGCUGCCCAUGAUUCGACCGAUGAGCCCGGAUAAAGUGCUGCGGGAACAGCCACCUUUGAAGCCUGUGGCCACCAGUGCAGUGCUGCCUUUCGACUGCUCUGAGGUCCGAGUCUCUCCCGCCGAAGCUCCAGUCAUCCUGAGUCAGCCACGCACAGGAAAGGCCGACUACUAUGAACUUACCUGGAAACCCCGUCAUGAUGGAGGAGCACCUGUGCUGGAGUAUGUUGUCAAGUACAGAAAGGCUGGAGAAUCUCCCGGAGAGUGGACCACUAACACCAUUUCAGGCUUCCAGCACAAACUGACUCUUACUAAACUGCUGCCUGCCAGCCUCUAUGAAGUGGAGAUGGCCGCUAAGAACUGCGCUGGACUUGGGCAGCCCGCGAUGAUGACUUUUAGAACAGGCAAAUGGCGAAGAGGAGGACCCGUAGGGCCUCCAAAAACACCAGAUGAGCCACCUCGUCUCACACCUCCAGAAGCUCCAGACAGACCCACUGUUUCCAUGGCCACCGAGACCUCAGCCUAUGUGACGUGGAUCCCUCGCGGGAACCGUGGAUUCCCCAUCCAGUCAUUCCGUGUGGAGUUCAAGAAAUUGAAGAAAGGCAGUGGAGAGUGGGAGGUGGCUGUAAACAAUAUCCCUCCCUCUCGCCUCUCAGUCGAGAUAACAGGCCUGGAGAAAGGAACAUCAUACAAGUUCAGAGUUUUGGCCGUUAACGUGUUGGGAGAGAGUCCAGCAAGCGCUCCCUCUAAAGCCUACACAGUGGUGGGCAGUGGUCCACCAAACCGACGUCCCAUCGACGGACCCUACAUCACCUACAAUGAAGCCAUCAAUGAGACCACAGUCAUCCUGAAAUGGACGUACACACCAGUCAAUAACACCCCCAUUUAUGGCUUCUACAUCUUCUACCGACCCACCGAUAGCGACAAUGACAGUGACUACAAAAAGGAUAUAGUGGAAGGUGACCGCUACUGGCACUCCAUUACUGACCUACAGCCUGAGACGGCUUAUGACAUUAAGAUGCAGUGUUUCAACGAAGGGGGCGAGAGCGAGUUCGGAAAUGUCGUCAUUUUAGAAACUAAAGCUCGCCUUCACCAGAGGACCACACCUCCAGAGACCUCAUCGUCCAGACCCGACCAUCCAGGAAACCCUGUUCCUCGGCCUGGUGAUCUGCCUUACCUCAUUGUGGGUGUGGUACUCGGAGCAUUCGUUUUCAUCAUCGUAGCCUUCAUCCCAAUCUGUCUGUGGAGAGUCUGGGCCAAACAAAAACAAACUUUAGACAUGCGCUUUCCAGCGUUGGCAGCUACAGUAUCUCCAUGCCAGUACACCAUGGUACCCCUGCAAGGAUUGGCUCUAGGUCGGCCUUGUCCUGUAGACCCCCACCUGACAUCUGCCCACACUGUCUACGCUCCUAAAGGAGAAUACAUUCCCAAUGGGAAAUACACUACACAGCGCCUUCCUGGACACCGGGAGGAUGCUGACAAUGAGUUGGAGUGUGAUGCAUUGUUACCUCAGAAACUUCCCAAUCAGCAACCACAUAUCCACAAUUACUGUAACGGGGUGUCCGGUUGUCCUGAAGAGGGAUGCUAUGUGUCUGAUGGUUCCCCCUUGCAGAUCCUCAGCUUAUCGGGACCUACACUUCCAUCUCAGAGUCCUGACUCCAUACAGGCCGAUCACUCCCUCACUGAAGCAGUUCAUUUGGAAGGGGAGGUCACUGCUGACUUGCCCCUGUUAACAACAGUUGAUGCGGGCAUAAACCAGUUGCUCCUAUAUGCUGAGCAACAGGAAGUGGGAACAACACAGAACAUGAAGCAGCUUGAGGAACAAGGGACCAGGGAUGAUUCAAAAGAUGGAUGAAACUGUAGAAAAAAAAGAGAGGGGGGGGGGGGGGGAGAAAAUAUUUAUUUUUGUAUAACAGAUGCUAUAUUUAUAUAUUUAUGUUUGUACAUAGUACAUUUUUU